AUGUGUAUCCUCACAUGGCUCUCCGCUACAGAUGGCAUGCGCAACCGUGCGUGUCCAAACUGUAGGAUCUGCCUGUUUGACCCCUCAAAUCCUGGCCCUUACAUUGCUCCUGAUCCACGUCCAGGCCUCGAACUAGAACCACCACGGAUUAUGGGCCCCCGGGAGACAUAUAUACAGGAACAGCGUCAACGGGUAGCAGAGCGAAGAGCUGCUGAACUUCAACAUGUUCCAGCCCCGCGACUCAACGCAAUUGUGAGAGAACUUGGUAGUCCAAUCUCUCAGCGCGAAUAUGAACUCCAAACACGCCAAGUCGUAGAGGAGCGAGAAGCUGCUGAACAGCUGCUUGCUGCUCCCAACAACACUGUUCCCGACCAGCCCAACCCGGACAUAAACGCAGCCUAUGAUCAAGAACGACUUGAAGCCGAAGCGGCCGAGAUUCCUGCAUCUGUUGCUCAACCCGAGAGCAUCUCGAACCUGCUCGUCAACGGGCUGUCCGUCGUCUUCGAGCAGGCCGUGGCCCUGACAAUCCAAUCAUUGCACCUCGCGAUACUCCUCGACCCGUUCGUCGACGAGCCACCCGUCGUAGUCGAGCAGACAGCGUUGACACUCCAGCUAUCGCGCCUAGCAACAAUUCUCGCGACGAUGUUCUAG